GUGCGGGUUUGCUGCGAGGUACCCGCGGCUGUUUCCAGUUCCGUAACAGACUCUGCGGGGCAGGAGUUACUGCUCUGUGUGUGAAGGGUGAUAAAUAGCUCCCCCAUUUUGGGUUCAUAAGCAGGUAAAAAAUGCUGUUAGGUAAUUUGGCUGAAAUCGGCACAAAAUGAUUAUUUUACAAAAUCAUGAAACCUAAGUCUGGAAGUUUGUUUAUAUAUUCCACUCGUUCUCUAGCUGACUUUCCUCAGUAGCACUUAAACCCUAAACAUCAGAGAUCAGCUUGUCUGCGUUGCCCAAACAGAGGCAGAAUAUAUGUAACCGGAUCACACAUAGUAUUGCAUAGCUAAAAGUCUUAUAAAUCCAAUUACAGCUGUUAAGUACGGAUUGUUUUGUUUCUAAUCUUUUAUCCUGGAAUCGUGUGGCUUACAUCUUUCUCACUGAAUAUGCAAGCCAUUAGUUUAAAAUGGUUUGGAUCUGCGAUAGCUGCAAGCUGCAGGCAAACCCUUUUUAAGUGGUUUUAUUACAGCCUAUUUGCCUCUCCCGCAGAAAGGGAGGCGGCUGCUGUAAACACCGGGAUAAGUCGGUGUCGUGCUGCUCUUGUAGCAUGUGACGGCCGCGUUCCCGGGACUGUCCUAUCCUGUUUCAGAUCCUGCAGUUCAGCCCUUCCAGCAAAAGUUCUCUUCCUUCUCUUUUCCUUCUUAACUCGCACUUGGGAAUCAAACUAAACAAAAUACAUGUCCCAAACAGGAAGCAAAUUUCUUGCAGAAAGUCAAGUAAAUAGCUAGACAAGAAAGUGCAGUGUCUGGGGUAUCUCUUAGGUGUUAUGAGGAGUUUGCUGUUAAAGUUGGUGUGCUGCAAUGAUUCUGCUGGUUCUGUGAGGCUGGGGUAAGAGCAAACUGAGCCCAUAAACCCUCCUUGCUGCACCGAGGUAAGUAGGGAGUGACUUGGUUUGUCUAAAAGGAUUCUUUUUUUUAAAUGAAAUUGUUCUCAGUUCCUUCUAUUGCAUGAAUUGGCUGUAAACUAUAUUAGUAGGUAAGGCUGGGUUCCUAGGGCUAUGACUCUUGUUUGAGCAUUGUAUUUUCUUCUAGUAUUUAGUAGCCUUCAUAAAGUGCAGAUUGAUUUGAUUUUGCACCUUGUUGUAAGUAUUUUACAUACUAGGAAAUUGUGAUACUUCUACAGUUGGAUUUAUGUAUGUAUUGUAUGUAUUUGGAAAUGUGUUAGUGAGUCUGGUAAUAUUUUUGUAUAUUUCUUUCAAUUUUUUUACAAAACAAUAUUCAAGUUAAGUGAAGCUGUGUGCUGUUUGCUCACUUGACCUGACAUUUCUGUUACUCAGAGAAUACUUUCCUGUUACUUUUUAAAGUUAGAGGAAUCUGUGUGUGACACAGGUAGCAUCAGCCCCUUUUAUUUUUCUGUGGGCAUGUUUACUGUGUCAGAUUGAGUCAAGAAUGGCCUUUAGAAGAAAACAAUGUCAUCAUCACCUUAAAUACUUAUUGACUCACAAUUUGGGGUGGCCUUGCAGAGAACAAAAGAGGCUAAACCAGAAAAUGUACCCUGGGAGCAGGCUUAGUGUAGAACAGCUGCUAAUAAGUAUCCAGGCCUGGUACCGAGUUAGAGCUGGUCUGGAAUGGAAGCUGCUGAAGCACACACGGUGCAGGUGUUGGCCUCUCCACACCAAGGACUUUAUCCUCAGGGUGGGCUGUGUUGAGCUCUCUUGCUUGCCACAUUGGUGCAGCUGCUCAGAAAUUUGUGUGCAGUUCAGAGUAAUGUGUAGUAAGUAUCAAGCUCAAGGUAGUGAGUUCUUGACUGGCAUCUCACUUGAAAUGAAGAAGUUCUUCUAGGAAAGAUUGUUCACAACUAUUGUAACUGAUGAAAAUGUCAUUGUAGGGUUUUAGGUUUGGUUUGGUUCUUUUCAUGAAGUGAUGAACAGCACAAGGUUUUUUGUAUCUUAAAAUUCCAUUAACUCCUAGGUUAGCUUAGAUAAACCCACAUCUCGGGGGCUAUUUUCCACUCCAGAUUCACAGUCAUGCAACGGAGGAUAAUCACUUUUUACAUAUAGAUUGAUUUUUUGCAAUCUAGGCUCACUUAGGUUCUUCCUUUUACAGGAAUUUAAUCCUAUACCUCCCAAUAACAUAGCUGGGAGGGACAUUGUUUAAAGGCAUGCUCUCAAUUCCUUGCGCUGGUAUUAUGGAAGAGUCACUGAAGUGGCAAGUAAAAAAGUAGUUACCUUUUCUAGUGUUUCAUUUAGAUAUUGUUCAGAGAAUAUUAGUAGAGAAAAUUUAUCAGACAAUGCUUCACACCUUGCAUAAAGAAAAAUUACUGCAGAGCUUAUUGUUUGAGGCAGAAGAUAGAUUUUCUUGCUGAGGUGUGGGUGGAAAAAGGGAUUUAGAUGUGGUGUAGCUCCAGGAGAACAUCUUGUCUCGGGACAGGUGUGACUCGCUUCUCUCACAUGGAGUGAGGCUGAGGCAGGUCAGAUGUCUGACACGUGGCUUCACUCCCGCAGCCAGGCACAGGGCUGUGCUGCAGGGGAAGCUCUGGAUGCUUCAAAUCCCAUCCCUGACCAGCUGAGUGAGUCAGCAGGGGUGUAUGACACUGACAGUUCGGCUCCCUCAGAUGCUGCUGAGUGUCCAGCCACAUUCCACAGUGAAGCAGAGAUAUUCCUAAGAAAUGACUGCCAGUUUGAAAUUGUUCUCCUGGUCAAGCUGACUGAGUUUUCUGACAGGCAGUGUGUGGCAACUUUCUGAUGUAGCUGACUAAGUUUGUUUUUCCCUUACUCAAGGAAUUUGUUCAAGAGAAUUUUUCAGUCUUCCUCAUGCUGGUUCAUUUAAAAUUUAUGUCUUUAUUCCUGUGCUCCAGUAUUAAUUUAGAGCAAGACGGGGGAGGCAUCACUUCAUACUCACAGUGAGGAAUCUCAUUUGGUUUUACUGCAGUAGGUGAUUGAUUGUCUGAUGUGAAUCAGGUUGGCGGUUUCCCAUUUCACAGCUUCCUGCAGCCUCCUGGUUGAUUAGUUUAUUCCGGGGUAAAUGGAUCAUGGCUCAAAUCCUGUUAAUCCAAAGAGGUGGUGUUUAAUUUGCAUCUUGUAAGAGCUCAUCUUUGGGUACUUUGUUAAAAUGAGGAGAUGGUGCCUUUUUGGCAGUUUCAUACUGCUGUCUUAAUUUUACUUUGCUUUUUUUCCAGAAAUGUAUACACAUGCACACAAAACACUCAUUUGAAAUGCUUUUGUUGAAGAAAAAAAUACUAAUUUUUUAUUUCUUUUUUUUCUGUACACCUUUUUUUUUCCAUUUUAAUCUUCUGGAAUGGAAAACUACCUGCUGUAACAACCCUGCUUCUGUUGUGCAUGCUUGUAAAACUUAAUUGCUGCAAUUGAGACUACAGAAAAUGUGCACGUUUUACAUUGUGACAAAUGUCUGCAGCAUUAUAUACAAUAGAGUUGUUUUGAAAAAAUAUUUUGCAUUGGAAACAGAUCCACUGUACUUCAGUGAAUGUGUAAUAUGCAAAUAUGUUUUCACCUAAGUUGUUUACUGUCAUGUCUUUGGAUUCAUGGUGUGUAUAUUGUUGCCUGUGUGUUUGGCUUGCAUGGUCUGCAGUGGAUGUCUUACAGAACCAAUUCUGAGAAAACCUUCUGUACUGCUUAGAUGAAACAGUCACUGGAACAACUACUUCUUGUAUGCCAGAAAAAUUGCUGACUCUUUGGAUAAAACCAAAUAACACUUAAUUCUUAAAGGACAAAAUGAUUUUUCUGUUUUGUAAUCUUGCUUUACCUCUUUGCCAUUUCAAUAGCUGUGGAAGACAGAACUCCUGUAAAGCUGUCUGUCAAAUGGGUACUGUUCCUGAAAACAAGAGCAAACAUGGUUUACACAGCGAAUGAAGCUUAAAUUCCUGGACCAAAAACUGAGAGCUUGUUUUCAUGAAGGAUGGCAACACCAUAUGUUCCUGUUCCUAUUCCUAUUGGAAGUUCAUCAUCCAGCUUUACAAACAGAAACCAAAGAAGUUCUUCCUUUGGGAGCAUUUCAACAAGUUCGAGCUCCUCGAAAGGACAGCUGGAGGACUCUACGGUUGAUGGUUUUAAAAAGAUGAGUGUGCCUGACCAGAUUGGUUCCACGUCAUCUGCGUGUAGCAGUCCCCUUGUUAGGACUAAAUUUACAGGUCUGGAUACAUCCAUAGAGUACAGUACUCAGCCUGUAGAAGAAAUAGAGCAGAAUGAAGAUUCCAGGACCUGGGAAGAUCGACCAUCCACACCUACUAUUCUGGGCUAUGAGGUGAUGGAGGAAAGGGCAAAAUUCACUGUAUACAAAAUACUGGUGAAAAGAAGUCCAGAGGAAAGCUGGGUGGUGUUCAGACGGUACACAGAUUUCUCCAGGCUUAAUGACAAGCUAAAAGAUAUGUUUCCAGGCUUUCGGUUGGCCCUUCCGCCAAAGCGCUGGUUCAAGGAUAAUUACAAUCCUGACUUCUUGGAAGAUCGACAGCUGGGGUUGCAGGCAUUCCUCCAGAACCUAGUAGCUCACAAAGAUAUUGCUAACUGCCUUGCAGUGAGAGAAUUUCUUUGUCUGGAUGAUCCUCCGGGUCCUUUUGACAGUCUAGAAGAGAGCAGGGCUUUCUGUGAAACUCUGGAGGAAACAAAUUAUCGCCUACAAAAAGAACUGCUUGAAAAACAAAGGGAGGUUGAAUCACUGAAGAAACUAUUAACGGAAAAGCAACUUCAUAUUGAUGCUGUUGAAAGAAGAAUUAGGGAUUUAUCUUUAGGAAAAAUGACUCGUCAGAUGUCAGGAGAAGAAAGUGAGUGCAGUGGUGAGGUGGAGUCUUCUGCAGUAGAAGCAGACCAGGGUACCCUGGGUGAGGACAGCUGCUCAGACAAGGAGAACCAUGAGCCAUGCUGGAGUGGCUCUUUGACUGGAAAUUCUGUGCCAGAAAUUGAAGUUGCUGAAGUAGCCUAUACCACGGAUGAAGAAUAGCUGAGCAGCAGCAGCUGUUACCUGGGAAAAGUUCAUGUUAAGGGUGUCUCUGUGGGUAGGAUCAUAGAGGAGCUGUGAAGAAUUCACAGCAAAGAGCAAGAAUGCACAUAUUGAAUGUUUACAUAAAUCCUUACAAAUUAUUAAUGUAAGAAAUAUAUCCAGUGCUGCUUUGAUUUCAGUUUUUAUCUAGCCUUUAUAUAUUUAAUAUAUUGAAGUCUAAUAAGGGCUAAAAUCAGCUAAAGUUUAGAUAGUGUAUAUACACAAUUUGGCUGACUUUCCUAGCAGAAUGACAAAAGUUUCACAGUAAAUCAUGGAACACAUCUAACUCAUAUGUCAUAUAUUGCCACUGUUGUGACACAUUUGAUGUGUUCAUCUGUUUGGUAUUUGUGUUUUCUUAUAGCCAUAAAAUAAUGCUUGCUGAAGUAAAGAUGGACUCAUUUGUGUAUAGGAAUGGAGAAUGUGUUGGUUUUACAUUCUGAAGUUGAAGAAAGUUUCUCUGGAAGUUUUAUGCAAUGCAAUAGGAAAACUUCCAGUACCAAGAGCAAAGUAGUUACACCUUGGAAUCAUAGUUGGAAAUUGUAAAAUGGUCAUUUUUGCUGAAAGAACUGAUCUGAGACCCCCAAAACACUGUGUAUUUUCAUCCCAAGAUAGCAUGCUGUAAUACUUUUUGUUCAGUAAUGCUGCUUUGAAAAUCUGGGAUACCUUUGUUAUAUACAUGUAACACAUAACAACAAAAUCUGUAAAUUUGCCUUUUACUCAGAACACUACCUCUUACCACCUUGCUAAUGCAUUCAUGUUUGUUUUAAAAUAUUCCAGAUUCUAUGGCGGUUAUUGAAAGACUUGUAAAGAAGCCAUAUUUUUUCCUGCACAGUUCAUAACUAGAUUGAAUCUAGUCGCAGUGUAUUUUUGUUUCAAUAUAUUGUACACAUGGGAUGUUGGUACCUAUGUUGUAUAGCCUAUUUUUCAAAAUGUAUUAAGACAGGAGAUGCACUUUAUAAUUAAGACUCCAUUGUGCCAAGUUCAGUUGGCUAAUUGGUUGAGAAAUGGGAGUUGCAGGGAGAGGAUUAUGUAGUGCCUUUUUGUAUUUUACUUGUUCAUUACUGCAGAAUUUUGUUACAGUGCUCUGGGUCAGUUCUGGGGAAUCUUUGAUACAGCAUUUUUCUGUUCUUCCCUUAUUUACUGAAAGUGCCUUGUUUUAUUAUGCUUUUCCAAUAGAAAGAAUGCUGUUUUGUUUUAAUUUUUUUUUUUUUUCCCUAUACCACCCACAUUGUUGUUUAAUGUUGUCAAUAUGCAGUGUCUUUGUGCUGGAGUUUUCAAAGGGAGCUUUGUACUUCAGGCUAUGCAUACAAUGACCUUUAUGCAGAACUGUAUAAACCUUCCUGGUGAAAUAAAACUAUGGACAAAA